AUGGAGGCGUUGUCGUGCUUCAUGUUUAAGGCGAUUUCGGGGGGUCUCAUCAAGGGUAUAGAACUCCCAAACGGGGGUCCUGUUAUGUCUCACCUAAUGUACGCGGACGACGUGGUAUUCAUGGGGGAAUGGAGCGAAAACACAAUUAUGAACCUUGUGAGGAUUAUGCGGGGUUUUUACUUAAUUUCGGGGCUGAAAAUAAGCCAUAAAAAAUCACAUCUAUUUGGCAUCGGAGUCGACCCCUCAACGGUUCAUGUGACGGCGAAUAAUAUCCACUGCAAAGUCGGCUCGUUUCCAUGUAAGUACCUCGGCCUUUUAGUGGGUGCCAACAUGAAUCAAGCUCGACAUUGGAGUGGAGUGAUUGAAAUUCUCAAGUCUAGACUCUCUAAAUGGAAGGCGUCCACACUCUCAAUCGGAGGUAGAAUAACUUUAUUAAAAUCCGUCUUGGAUAGUUUACCACUUUAUUUCUUUUCGUUGUAUAAAGCUCCAAUCGGAGUUUUGGAUAAACUGGAAGUAAUAAGAAGGCGAUUCUUUCGGGGUGGGGAUGAAAGUAAAAAUAAAACCAAUUGGGUAUGUUGGGAGCGUGUGAUCGGGCCUCGUGAAAAGGGUGGAACUGGUAUCGGGUCUCUUCGGGACAUGAACCUAAGCCUCCUUGUCAAGUGGUGGUGGAGGUUUAAAACGGAAGACGGAAGUCUAUGGAAAAGGGUGAUCUCGGCUAUACAUUAUCAAUCUAGCACUUAG